ACGUAACACAUUCUCCCUGGCAAACACGGCUUUUCUAAUCCGUCAAACGAAACCCCGACCAACGCCACGAACCGAGCCGAGCUUAGUGACGACUCCCGGAAUCUCGGGCAUAGCCUUGCGCCUGUGUUGUUCGCCAUUUAGCUCAUCUCUAGACGCAGCAUUGGACCCAACCUCUCCGGCAUCUCCAAUCACCGGUGGCAUGAGGCCCGCCAUAACCUCAUGACGCCCUCGUUACACCACCACCACCAGCAAUCCCGCCCACACACCAAUUCUGAACCCGCCAGCCAUGAUUCUCCCCUCACCGCGCAUCAAGCGCCUGCUUAUCCUCGUAUUCUUCUCCUUCCUGAUCGGCAACGCCCUGCUGUACCUGCUCCUGCCGUACGACAACCCGCUCGUCCUGGCCUUCCGCUUCAACUUUUCGGGAUUGCAGCUCUGGUUUCGCGGGUCGGGCGCCGAGAAGGACGCCUGGCUGUACGAGCCGGCCAAGUACCCCAUCGAGUACGAUACAGACGUGGGGCUGCUGAUCAAAACCGGCUACGGCACCCGGCACCGCCUUGCGGCGCAGCUCGAGGCGUUGGGCCUGACGGCGGAAGACGCCAGCUCCUUCGUCGUCGUGGGCGACUGGACGCCGCGUGGUGGCGGCAAGAUGGCGGGCGUCGACGUCCACGACGCCAUCGGCGGGGUCAUGGCCAUGCCCGAGAUGAGAUCCCACCACGAUGCGCCCAAGUUCAAGAAGUACUUGGCCCUCAAGGACGCCGUCCAGAAUGGCGACGACGCCAAGGCGACGGAGGUCGGCAAGAGAUUCGGGUGGGAUCUUGAUGCGCUCAAGUUCAUCUGGGGCCUCGAGUACAUUUACGACAACCUCCCGCCGAAGAAGUGGUACGUCAUCCUUGACGACGACACCUACCUCGUCAGGUCGUCUCUGCGGCUCCUGCUGGCACACUGGGACUGGGAUACGCCGCAGUACAUCGGCAACGCCGUGGGCGACUUCAAGGGGCGCUUCGCGCACGGCGGGUCGGCGGUGGUCAUCUCGCACGAGGCGGUUAGGCAGCUGCUCUCGCGGCGCGACAUCGUGGCCGCGGUGCAGGAGCACUCGCUCGACGAGACGUGGGGCGACAAGCUGAUCGCGACGGCGUUACAAAAGAUUGGCGUCUACCUCAACGAGAGGUACAGCCACUACUUUAACGGCGAGAGGCCCAGCAUCUCCAAGAUCAUGGCGGACAGGUUCUGCUCGCCGCUGGUCUCGUUCCACGGCGUGGCGGACCCGGAAGAGAUGAACAGGACCGGGGCCGCGUUCAGGGACGAGAGGAGCCCCGUGUUCUGGGGACAGCUGUGGGAGAUUUACGGCGCACCAUCAAUAGAGGACUUUAAGCGUUCUCCGAUCCGGGCAGACCGGGAUUUCGUGGGGAGGACGGACGAGCGGGCGAGAGUGCUGCCGGCGACGGAAAGCGGGGAGGCAUGCCGGAAAGAAUGCGGGGCUCUGGCGGACAAGUGUCUGGCGUGGACGUGGGUCGAGCAUAGCAAAGAGUGCAGACUGAGCCCGUGGAUGAUACUGGGGGAGCCGGUCCAGGGCCACCACUCGGGCAUUAAUGUGGAAGAGGUCGAGAAGCUGCAGGCACUUUGCUGAGAUUGUGAGGCGGGAAGCUGCCUAAUGGAGAACAUGACGAUAACGACAAACUCCGUGGAAAAUGGAAGAAAAAAAAUUGGCGUUGAGACGGCAACAGGUCGGGGUUUUCAAGAUACAUCCGGAAUGGGUUAAGGCAAAUGGCGUUGAUUACUUUUGUACACCGGAAGCUGUGCCUGCGACUCUGAUGCCGCAUGUUUGGAACCCCACGGGGAUCAUAUCUCCCUGGCGCGCAGGCCGAAAGCUCGGGCGGGGCGCGGCUUAGGCCCGAUGGAGGAACGAGCUUCGCAAAGGAAACAGGCGGCUAACUGGGUGUCGACUGGGUGUG